UCUUUCCACACUCAAAAACAAGAAAAAACAUUUUUAAAACAAUUCCUCCAUCCUAAUUUAUGUACACUUGUUCAACUAAAAAUAUUUUUUUCUUUUGUAAAACCAAAAUUAGUAUGUUGUUUGAAAUAUAAAAUUGUUAUAUUCAUUAAAAGACAGAUUAAAACAGAAAGUAUAUGAGGUUAAUCAAAUUACCAUAAUUUAUUUAUUCUUGAUUUUUCAAAACAGGUUUAAAAUAACAUUUUUAUCGAGCCACAAAUCUGUUUAAAACAAUAUCUCUAUUCCAUAAAAAUAACAGAAAAGUCUAAUUAUAUUUCAUUAUUUUUAAAUCUCGCUUGUGAAAUCAUAUUCAAAUUGUAUUCCAUAAAAAUAACAGAAAAGUCUAAUUAUAUUUCAUCUCGCUUGUGAAAUCAUACUCGAAUUGUAUUUCAUAAGAAUAAUAGAAAAGUCUAAACUUGACCAGGAAAAAAAAACACACACUUCAAGAAAAAGAAAAAAAAAACCUUUAAAACUAGUAUAAAUACCCCCACACAUGCAACAACUUCACUUAGACUUUAUUUCCCAUUUGCUUCCUUUCUCUCUCUCUUUCUUUCUAUCUCACUUUCAUCUCAUAUUUUGUGUAUAGUUUCCCUCUCUAUAAAAACACACUAAACCAUACAUAUAUUCAUACAAAAACAAACACACAAAAAAACUCUAGUUAUAUACAUAUAUACAUAUAUAUAUAUAUAUAUAUACACACAUAAUAUGGCGGAAUUAGAAUUUCAAGGUAAGCAUAAUAAUAAUCGUACAAGCAACGGACGUUUAAAAUUAUUUGGUUUCAACGUAACGGAGGAUCAAGAACAAGAGGUUGAAUCGACAAAAACAUCGUCAGGAUCGCCGGAAUCCGGUGAUUUUCUGGCCUCCGAUGGCCGGAAAUAUGAGUGUCAAUAUUGUUGUAGAGAAUUUGCAAAUUCACAAGCUUUAGGUGGACAUCAAAAUGCUCAUAAAAAAGAAAGGCAACAAUUGAAACGUGCUCAAAUGCAAGCUAGUAGAAAUGCAUAUAUGAGGAACCCUAUUAUAUCAGCUUUCGCGCCACCAUCACACCUCCUCGCUCCCUCGGGAAGUGUGAUGGUGCCCACGACGUCUCCGUCGUGGGUUUAUGUUCCCCGCCCCGCGCCACCCUUUCACGUGUCGCAUGGUUGUGUGUUCCCGAAUUCUUCGGGGGCGCGGGGCGUAGGGAACUUACAGUAUACCGGCAGUGUAGCGGAAUCUAGCUUAACUAGUGUUGGGCCUCAACAAGUUAAAGCCCAUAGUGCUAAAGUUGAUGGGCCGUCAUUGAGUAGAUUUUCGAGUAUGGAUGCUGGGCCCAAUUUUGAUGAUGCAUUUGGGCUGGAUUUGCAUCUAAGCCUUUGAAUUAAUUUUUAAUUUAUAAAAAAAAAAUAGGAUCUUGUAUAUCUCAGAUUAUUUAUUUAUUUUUUCACUUAAAGUUAAAAAAAAUUCCUUACAU